AUGAACGCCCCGGUAGCAUUGCUAUCGACUCUGGUAUCCCAGCUCAGCGAGGGCGACUGGGAAGGCUCGUGGCCUGUCUAUGGAGAUGAUGGCGAUGGAGAUGGCAAUGGUACUUCGCCUCUACCACCUGGUUCGGGGCCUACUCAGACAUUCAGCGGUAUGUUUAUCAUUGUGAACGCCCGCUUGGACGACCCUCGCAAAGCCCUGCGCACAGCGUCCUUGGUUUUCCACCCAGCUAACACUUUCAUUGGCUAUCGGCCUAACGAGCUUCUUGUUAUUCUGUUUCCUGCGGACAAGAUGGGACGUAGUCUAUAUGGGCCGGACGAAAUUGAAAGGCGAGUCCUCUUGUCUUUGCACUGGUCUAUCGCAAGCUCACUCGAAUGGGGAUUCGCAGACUUUUCCCCUACCCCUGCUCAUGACUCUGAUUCUAUUCGAUCAUCAUCUUCGAGUCGAUUCUUUGGGUGGAUAAUACCAACGCUCAAGACGUCGGACUUUACAGUGUUGCAGACUGUAGGGCUGGAUGCUGCUGUCCUCUUGAACUUUUACAAGAUGGCGUUCACCUUGUUCAGUCUGGCUUCCGUUUUGGCUCUGGUCGUGCUCAUCCCGCUGAAUCUAUUCCGGACCGGCUCUACGGACUCUGACCCCGACACUCCACAAAACGGAACCCUUCUUCUCACUUCUGCACACACCUACAAUUCCUCCUCCCCAGCCCAAUCAUCCCUCUACGACCUCCUCCUAGACCCCACCACAUCCUCCACCAUCCACCUCAUCUUCACCUACCUCUUCACAUUCCUCUGCCUCUCCUUCUUCCACAGCAACUUUCACAAAUUCGUGCUCGCCAAACAAGCAUUCGGCCUGCAGUUGAUACACUCCAUCUCGGCGAGGACGGUGUUGGUGACGAAUCUGCCGGCGUAUUUGAGAGGGGAAAGGGCGUUGGCAGAGUAUUUCGAAUCUUGCAAGUGGCAAGUGGAGAGCGUAAAUGUGUGCCGGCAGGUGGAUCUCCUCAAGACGGUAUUGGAGCGCAGGACGAGUGCUCUGAGAAAGUUGGAAGAAGCUUGGGCGGCGUGGGUUGGCAAUCCCGCGCAGUUGGGUGGGUAUGAUCCGCAUAUCUACUCUGGCAAGACGACGCCUCAAGAACAGGAACAACAGACGCAAGAGCCACACGAGGGUGUGCUGGUGGAUGUCGAUGGCGCAGAUAAUGGCGAUACGACUUCUCUCUUAUCUGCCGCGCCGCAAACGUACGGAGACGAUACUGAGUCCGACGGGCAACACCCACACGCACACAUUCACAUCCAAACGACCAGGCCCAGCCCUACUCUCCGCCCCAGAAUACUUGGGACAAAGGUGGACGCUAUCAAGCAUUGGGAGAAAAAGUUUAGGUUGGCAGAUGAAGAGGUGAAAGAGUUGAGACGGACGGGCAAGUUUGGAUCGACGCAUGCUGCUUUUGUGACUUUUGAAGAUGUCCGGGAUGCCCAAACAGCAUGCCAGGUCAUCCACUUUCCCCACCACUCUCAAGUCCUCACUGUGCCCGCACCCGAACCCCGCGACGUCCUCUGGGGCCACAUCUCCAUGUCUUCCCGCGAAAUGUCCAUCCGCGACCUCACCGUCAUGGCUUUCAUGGCGCUCCUCCUCGCUACUUGGAUUAUCCCCGUGUCGUCUCUCGCGACGCUGCUGUCGUAUCAGGAGAUUAAGAAGGUGUGGCCGGCUUUGGCGAGGGUGAUUGACAAGAGUCCGAGGUUGGCGGCGAUUGUGCAGAACUCUUUGCCGUCGUUGGCUUUGAUCACGUUCAACGGACUUUUGCCGUUCUUGCUUGAAUAUAUGAGUUAUGUGCAGGGCUUCAAGAGCCGAAGUGCUACCGAGUAUUCUCUCCUCCGAAAAUACUACCUCUUCUUGAUCAUCUCUGUCCUCUUCAUCUUCCUCCUCACAUCGACCUACUGGGCCCUCGUACGAGACCUUGUCGACACCCCAAUGAAGAUACCGGAGAAGCUUGCUAGGGCUUUGCAAGGGUCGAAUGUCAGGAAUUUUAUGGUCUCUUAUGUGAUGCUUCAGGCGCUGGGUUUGAUGCCGUUGCAGCUAUUGACGCUCGGUCCAUUACUCUCCCUGGGCUUUGCUCGGCUGUUCACCAAGACGCCCCGAGACUAUGCCGAAGCGAAUGCUCCUCCACAGCUAAACUAUGGCUGGAUCUACCCCCAGGCGCUGUUGAUCUUUACCAUUACGCUUGUGUAUAGCGUCAUGAGCCCGUUGAUCUUGAUCUUUGGUGCGAUCUACUUUGGCAUAGCGUACUUGGUGUUCAAGUACAAACUCUUGUUCAUCUACUUCAAGCCAUACGAAUCCAACGGCGAAGCCUGGCAUAUCACUUUCACUCGCCUCCUCUCCGCCCUCGUCCUCUUCCAACUGUUUAUGCUCGGCCUCUUUUCCCUCCGCCAAACCUUCUUUGCCUCUGCGCUGACUCUACCCUUGAUCUUGUGGACAAUAUGGAAAAGCUGGGUCAUGUUGAGUGAUUUCGGACCUCUGGGGCAGUGGUUGGCGAGGAGUAGUGUCUGUGAGGUUAUCGGAGGUGAAGGGGUUGGUGACGUCCUCGGAUUGGAGGAGGGUAUGACCAGGAGUUUAUCGUUGAUCAAUCACAGACGGUACGCCGUCAACGACGAAACCCUCUACGUUGCUCCCUCCGAUGCGCGCACCGACUACUCUCAGCCGCCAAUGUCCAACUUUUACAACGGCGUUCUCAACACUGGCCGACGGCGUUAUGCACACCCGGCUUUGGACGGAAGUUUGCCGACGCCGUGGUUGCCUGCUAUCGCGAAGGAAGGGGAAGAUGCAGGUGGAAGGGGAAGGGCGCUGGUAUUGAGCUUGAGAAGGAAGGUUGUCAAAAGGUUUAGGGAUGCGAGGGAGGCUGUCGUUUCGCGAAGCGGCACACCGCCGGGUAGGGAAGGAGAAGUAGGCGAGGGAGAGACGCUUUCAGUGCCGGAAGGCUGGGCCAGGGGCGAGGGCCCUUCGGGGUCGGCAGGUUCUCGCCAAAGUAGUGGUGGGACGUCGUUCGGUGCCAACCCUUGGUCGGCGCCGUCGCCUUCGAAUCAAAAGGCAAGAAGCGCAGAGCUGAGAAAGAAGCUGUCGUUCGAUCCGGCAAGUGGGAUUAUUGCGCUCCCCGAAGAAGGGAAUGUGUGGGGCGAUGAUGAUGAGCCAGAGUCGCCUGUAAGUGAUCUCAAUGCUUGA